AUAAGGCGAAAAGAGAAGGGAGAAAAAGGUCCUAAAAAAGAUGGCGUGCUUUGUGGGCAUAAACAUAAACAUAAAGAAGGUCUGAGAGUCUGAGACUGAGUCUGAGCCACCCUGUCACAUAGUCCCCUACUCCCUACACAAACCCACUGUUAUAACAACACUACAUACACACAUUUCCAUUUCCAUUUCCAUUUCCAUUUCCAUUACCACUUUCUCUCACUCUCUCUAACUUUCCCUCCAAUUCCAGAGAGAGACAACAACCAUCAUCAUUCAUUCACCUCUUCCUCCUCCUCUUCCUUGAGAUUCGCACCCCAACCAAGAUCUUCACCGAAUCCCCAUCAUUUAUAUCAAAGGCGGCGACCAUUUAAUUUUACCAAACCACUUCUCUCGCCAUUUAAUUGCUUAUUCCUCCACACCCUUCUUCCCAAUGCAACUUCACUUUUUCUGACCUUCCUCAACCUUCGUUCGUACACACCACUACGCGCCACCUCCUUUUUUUUUAUUUUUUUUUUUUUAUGCUUUGUAGUAUAAUUGUCUUUUCGUUUGGUUUCGUUUGGUUUGGUUUCGAGGAGAGUAGAAAAAAAAAUGAAGUUUAUGAAGUUGGGCUCCAAGCCUGACGCUCUUCAAGCUGAUGGCAAGUCUAUAAGGUAUAUAUCAUCUGAAUUGGCUACAGAUAUUAUAAUAACUGUUGGUGAAGUUAAGUUUCACCUACACAAGUUCCCUCUACUGUCUAAGAGUAAUCAAUUACAGAAGUUACUGUCAAAGGCGAAUGAAGAGAGUUCUGAUGAAAUUCAGUUGGAUGGUUUUCCUGGUGGCCCCAAGGCCUUUGAAAUAUGUGCAAAGUUCUGCUAUGGAAUGACUGUUACUCUUAAUGCUUACAAUGUUGUGGCUGCUCGUUGUGCAGCUGAGUAUCUUGAGAUGACAGAGGAUAUUGAUAGAGGAAACUUAAUUUUCAAAAUUGAGGUGUUUCUUACUUCAAGUAUCUUCCGUAGCUGGAAGGAUUCUAUAAUUGUUCUUCAAACUACUAAAUCUCUUCUGCCAUGGUCUGAGGACCUAAAGAUCGUUGGGAGAUGUAUAGAUUCCAUAGCCUCUAAAACUUCUGUGGACCCAUCAAACAUCACUUGGUCUUACACUUAUAACCGGAAAUUGUCAGAGCUUGAUAAAAUUGGUGAGGACAAGAUAACACCUCAUGACAAAAUUGAGCCUGUUCCUAAGGAUUGGUGGGUUGAAGAUAUAUGUGAGCUGGACAUUGAUCUUUAUAAACGGGUAAUGAUUACUGUCAGAUCUAAGGGAAGAAUGGACGGAGUUGUGAUUGGCGAGGCAUUAAAAACUUAUGCUGUAAGAUGGUUGCCUGAUUCCGUUGAUGCAUUGGUUUCUGAUGCUCAUGCUCGGAGGAACAAAUCUCUGGUAGAAACAAUUGUCUGUUUAUUGCCAUGUGAUAAUGGCAUGGGCUGUUCAUGUAGUUUCUUGCUUAAGUUAUUGAAAGUGGCCAUAUUAGUUGAAGCGGAUGAAUCAUCAAGGGAACAAUUGUUGAAGAGCAUUGGCCUAAAAUUGCAUGAAGCUUCUGUCAAAGAUUUACUGAUUCCAGCAAGGUUUCCCCAGAUCACCAAAUAUGAUGUUGAUUUGGUGCAAGAUCUUUUGAAUCUAUACACGACUAACAUAAAGGGCAGUUGUGAUAUGGAGGUUGAGGAUAAGAAAGAUAAAGCAAAUGAUGAAUCUAUUUUAGGGCGGAGGCCUUUGUUGAAUGUUGGCAAGUUGGUAGACGGUUAUCUUGGAGAAAUUGCAUAUGAUCCAAAUCUCAGCCUCUCUAGUUUUGUUCAUUUGUCACAGUCAAUUCCAGAGUUUGCUAGACCAAAUCAUGAUGGUCUGUACAGAGCUAUAGACAUCUACUUAAAGGAGCACCCUGGUUUGUCAAAAGCUGAAAGGAAGAAGAUAUGCGGACUAAUGGAUGUCAAGAAAUUGACAGUGGAUGCAUCAAUGCACGCCGCACAGAACGAACGCCUUCCUCUUCGAGUUGUGGUGCAAGUUCUCUACUUUGAGCAGAUCAGAGCUGCUUCAAAUGCUCGUGCAGCUAGUAACAAUCCGCGCGAUUCUUCAACUGUUAAUGGAGAUGAGGAGUGUGAGAAAACUGGGAGAGAAAGCUGCCAAUCCCUCAACAACCAGAUGUGUCACGUGAAGAUUAGAGAUGAUGAGUUCCACAAGAAUGGAAAGUUGAACAAGAAGAGUAGCAAAAACAGCAGAAGUGGCAUGCAGCUGCUGCCAUCUAGGUCAAGGAGAAUCUUUGAUAAGUUGUGGAUUGUGGGCAAAGGACAAGGAGAGAAUAGGAGGAGCUCAGAGACUUCAGGGAGUUCCAAUAGCCCUACUUCUGUAGUCCCUGGAGAUACCAAAUCAUCUGGUUCAUCAUUGAGACACAGGAGGCAUUCUAUCUCUUAGGGAAAUUCAUAAUUUAAACAGGUGAAGGAGAGUUAAAAUUGCUGUGAAGUGUAAAGUGUUAGGAUGUUAAUCUUGUAUUUUAAUGCAUGCAUGCACAGAAUCAGGGAAAGGUCUCACUACUAGAGUUGCAAAAAAAUGUAAUGACAUUGUAUUGUGUCUUAUCUGUGUAUCAUCAUGGCUAGUAGUGUAUUGUCUUCAAUCCUUCAGGAAUCUUCAUUGGGGUAGGGAUCUUUAGGUUUUAUUCAGUGCUGCUGCCCUUUUGUAUAGAAUCACGAUCCUUAAUUACAGGUGAUGCUUUGUGGAUUCCUGUUUUUA